UGCUUUUUAGAGCUACGUAGAGAACAGACGGCCUUCCCAAAACACACACAAACACAUACACCCACACGCACAGAGGGGCGCAAGCAUAUAGACGGCAAAAAGCAAAAAAAAAAACAAAAAAAAGCAAGAACGAGAAAGGUGACGAUUCAAAAGCAGGCGAAUUUUGAGCGCCAAAAACAAAAGAACGCAACAUCACAAAGAGCAAAUCAGUGUUCUUUCAUCAUUUUUUUUUUUCAGUGCAAGUGUGUUUAUAAUUAUAGCUCUACUUCAUAUAUAUAUAUAUAUAUAUAUAUAUAUAUGUGCAUGAGUGUGUGUGUGUGUAAGCGUGUAAUCAAAUACAAAUCAGUAAAAUAACAAAAAUCUUGACGUAAUCGCUGAAAUGCAAAGCAAACGACACGAAAACGAGCAACAAUAACAAAUAGCGAUUUGAAUUCUUUUUGUGUCGGUUUUCGGUUUUCGGUUUUCAAAUUUUGCAGCUUACGGCGAACAAAAAGAGACAGAGCGAAAACACAAUCGCGUGUGUUGUGUAGUUUUUGUACUUAAGUACAUAUAACUUUUUUUUUUUGUGUGUUGUGUAGUGCCCGUGUUUGCCGUUAUGCAAAGAUUUCAUUGUUAUUAGUCAGCAAACGUCAACAGGCAGCAACACCAAAGGCAACAACCAAAACGGCCAGGCCAAGCACCAUUGUUAUCAACCAAAUUCACUACAUUUGUGGUAUUUUCCAGUCUAUACGUAACUGGUAAAUUGGCAUCCUGCACAUAUGGUCACAUUGUCAGCGGGUGAGCGAGCCAGCAAUAAGCGAACGAUUUUUGCGCAAAAACGGAGUUUAUCAAUAAAUCUCUGCGUCCGAUUGCACUGACCGUACAAAUCGCGCUCGAUCUCGUCCAGAAACCACAAAUCCAGGACUGUUCCCGCCUAAAAAUCGCGAUUUAGUGCUGCGAAAAAUAAUAAAAAAAAGAACGUAAGCAACGAUAACAACAGGCAGCGAGAGCAAGUGAGAGAUUGGGAGAGAGAACAGUGCGGAGUGUUGUGUGUGUGCGUGCUGCCAACUUGUCGCACCAAUUCGCUGCUGUGUGUAGUGUUUGUGUGUGUGUGUGUGGUUCUCCCCCCAAAAAAAAAAGAAUUCGAAACGAAAUCUUUUCGCGAUGCUAUAGCCAUUCUAACUGAAGUUAUAGGGUCUAAACAUCGAUUUGCUGGCUAUAGAGCUAUAUAUAUAUUUAACUGGCGAGAGCGACUUUUCAACAAGUUGCCAGCGCAGCGUGCAACGCGCGCACACACACACACGCGCGCGCAAAAGAGGGAGAGCGAACAACAACAACAACAAAAGCCUCUCAGAAGCAACGUUUUUAGUGAUGUCAUCAGAAAAAACGUCUUCAAGCUGGCCAAAUUGAAGCGGAAACGGUAGCCAAACUGAAGCACUUGUCGGAGAGCGUCUCGGUGCUGCUGAAGAUCGCCAGGAUCGCCAACAUGGACAACAGCAUCGUCGAGGAGAACGGCAACUCGUCGGCGGCAUCGGGCUCCAAUGACGUGGUCGAUGUCGUUGCCCAACAGGCAGCGGCAGCAGGAGGUGGCGGUGGCGGCAGUAACUCCCAGCAGCAACAGAACCCACAAAGUACAACAGCCGGCGGUCCAACGGGGGCGACGAAUAACGCCCAAGGAGGAGGAGCGGCCACAGUGCUGACCACCACCGCCAACUGCAACAUACAAUAUCCCAUUCAAGGACUGGCGCAGCAUGGACUGCAGGUGCAAUCCGUGAUACAGGCCAAUCCCUCGGGAGUCAUACAGACAGCAGCUGGAACACAGCAACAGCAACAGGCGCUGGCCGCCGCCACAGCGAUGCAGAAGGUGGUCUAUGUGGCCAAGCCGCCAAACUCGACGGUAAUCCACACGACACCCAGCAAUGCAGUGCAAGUGCGUAACAAAAUCCCUCCAACCUUUCCGUGUAAGAUCAAACCCGAACCGACCACGCACCAUCCGGAGGACAGUGACGAGAGUCUGUCGGACGACGAUUCCCAGCACCACCGCAGCGAGCUGACGCGAAGGCCGUCGUACAAUAAGAUCUUCACCGAGAUCAGUGGACCCGACAUGAGCGGCGCAUCGCUACCCAUGUCCGACGGCGUGCUCAAUUCCCAGCUGGCGGGGAGCGGAGCAGGGGGCAAUCCGGCGAUGAUGCCAAUGGAUCCCACGUACUACCUGUCCAAUCGGAUGCCCUACAACACCAACAAUAGCGGGAUAGCGGAGGAUCAGACCCGUAAGCGAGAGAUCCGGCUGCAAAAGAACAGGGAGGCGGCGCGGGAAUGCCGGCGCAAGAAAAAGGAGUACAUCAAGUGCCUGGAGAAUCGAGUGGCGGUGCUAGAGAACCAAAACAAAGCCCUCAUCGAGGAGCUCAAGUCGCUCAAGGAGCUCUACUGUCAGACCAAGAACGAUUGAAUGUGGGCGGGGCUAUGGCGCCGCCUGCGCCUCUGCCUCCAGUUACGGUUACGGUUACGGCAAUGGCUGCAACUGUGGCAGCGGCUGAGCUGCGAUUCCGUUCUGGUUAAUGCCCAAGCAGCAUCGACAGGAUCGAUCCUCAACCCGUUUGGCCGGCCGCAUAUCAUGAUUUAUAUAUACGUAUAGGACGAGGAUGCAGAUCUAUAUAUAUAUGUGUGUGUAUGUGUGUGUGGUAGCGUGUACAUUAAGAAAUGUACAAAUUGUAUGAUGAGGGAUCGUGUUGUUGUUGUUAGGACACAGACGGACGGACAGGCGGGCAUAUAGAUAGAUAUAACCUGCCUGCGCAUGGACACGAGCAGAACACACAAUGUAAUUAUGUUUAUAAUUUAAAUAUGUAAUAUUAUGUUUAUGAUUUAGUUUAUGCCUUAGUUUAUUUGCUAAUUUAACGAUAAUGAAGUUUACCUACGAACAUGUGUUUCUGUAACCUAAGAACGUUUUUAAUACGACACAUACCUACCUACCUACCUACCUACCUACCCAACGGAUUCUUCCCGCUUCCCCUCUAAUUUUUUUGUAAUUAAAUUUUUUGUUUUACCUAA